AUGGGUAUCAGCCGUGACAGUCGACACAAGCGCUCCGCCUCUGGCGCAAAGCGAUCAUAUUACCGGAAGAAGCGCGCUUUCGAAGCCGGCCGUCAAGAUUCCAGCACCCGUAUCGGAGCCAAGAGAAUCCAUCUCGUCCGCACCCGUGGUGGCAACCGAAAAUUCCGUGCCCUCCGCCUCGAGUCCGGUAACUUCUCAUGGGGAUCUGAGGGUGUAGCCCGCAAGGUCCGUGUGAUCGUCGUCGCCUUCCAUCCCUCGAACAACGAGUUGGUCCGAACCAACACCCUCACCAAAUCCUCCGUCGUCCAGGUCGACGCCGCCCCUUUCCGACAAUGGUAUGAGGCACACUACGGAGUGAACUUGGGUCGAAGACGUCAACAGAAGGCCGGCCAAGAGGUAGCUGAGCCAGCGAAGAAGAGCAAGUCGGUUGAGAAGAAGCACGCCGACAGAUUCGCUGCUGGUGGAAAGGUCGAGCCCGCAUUGGACAAGCAAUUCGAGGCUGGUCGUCUUUUCGCAGUCGUUUCAUCCAGACCCGGACAGAGCGGACGUGUCGAUGGUUAUAUCCUAGAGGGAGAUGAGUUGGCUUUCUACCAAAAGCAACUCCGCAAGUAG